AUGUACAUCACAGGUGCUGCUUAUACUGAUAUAAAUCAGCAGGAUCAUCUGAAGAUCUCUGAAGUUGGAGGCAGUGUUAAUCUGUCUUGUGUCACUUCAAAAGCGAGUAGAAGCACCAUCGCAUGGAUGAAACAAAAGCUUGGAGAGAAACCUCUGCUAAUUGCUACAUCAUACCAGCAUCAACCCACAGCAUUUUAUAAUGACUUUGAUAAGGAUGGUCGCUUUGAAAUACUGAUAGCAGCUGAGCAUUUUAAUUUGAGCAUCUCCAAUAUAGAACCAUCAGACUCCGCAACAUAUUACUGCGCCUCCGUAUUUAUAUAUGAGAUCAGCUUUGGAAAUGGCACCUAUCUUCUUGUUAAAGGUGCAUCACAGACAAAGCACAAAGUUCUCCAGCAGCCUGUGAUGAAUCCAGAACAUCCAGGAGAUUCUGCAACACUGCAGUGUACAGUCAACACUCAGAGCUGUUCAGAAGAUCACAGUGUGUACUGGUUCAGACACGGAUCAGGAGAAUCUGAUCCAGGAAUCAUCUUCACUCAUGGAGACUCCAGCAGUCAGUGUACGAGGAGUUCUGAGACUGUUUCUCCUACACAGAGCUGUAUCUACAAACUCCCCAAGAACAACCUCAGCCUCUCUGAUGCUGGAACUUACUACUGUGCUGUAGCUGCAUGUGGAGAGAUACUGUUUGGAAAUGGAACUAAAAUGGAUUUCACAGCAGAGGACACUGGGAUGCACAUUAAUGCUGUGAAGGACUUGCUAGAUGACAAUGGAAACCUGUAG